UCUCGCCCCUACUCAACCAGCGGCUCCGUCUAUCCCCUGCUUCUCCACCGUCUUACUCACCACUUCUCAACAGUAACUGCUGCUACUGCACCUACGUGUGGGAGGCGAUAGGCUCCCCCUCCAUUGAAAACCAGCAGCUGCUUCAUUGCUUCAAGUACCUGCUCAGGUGCAGCACAAGCAUAACUAGAGAGCCAAGAUAGAUACUUGUCCAGCCAGAGAUGGCUGGAAUAAUGGUGAGUGCUUCAACUGGGGUGAUGAACUCUCUCCUGGGUAAGCUGACUACUCUAAUGGGGGAGGAGUUUGCCAAGCUAAAGAACUUGAGGAAGGAGGUUAAGCACAUCAUUGAUGAGCUGAGCAGCAUGAAGGGUGCUCUAGAGAGCCUUGCAGAUUUGGAUGAGCUAGAUAUACAAACCACAAGGUGGAGAGAUGAGGUCAGGGAGAUGUCUUAUGACAUCGAGGAUAUUAUUGAUGACUUCAUGUGCAAAGUUGGGGAGAAGAACAAAAAAUCUGGGUUUGUCCAAGACACCAUUCAACGCCUCAAAACUUCAAGGGCCCGCCAUCGUAUUGCUAGCCAGAUUGAGGACAUCAAGAAACUUGUGCGUGAAACAAGUGAACGGCGUGAAAGAUAUAAGCUUGAUGUCCCCAAAUUGCGCAAUGUGGCUAUUGACCAACGAGUUGUCGCACUCUAUGAAAAUGCAGCUAAACUUGUUGGUAUAGAGGGUCCAACCAAAGAGCUUUUCAGUUGGCUGAUAGACAAGGAGAAGAAGUUGAAGGUUGUAUCAAUUGUUGGUUUCGGAGGUUUAGGUAAAACAACACUCGCCAAUGAGGUAUACCGUAAGCUGAAGGGGGGAUUUAACUGUGGUGCAUUUGUGCCGGUGUCUCAAAAGCCAAAUAUUCCAAAACUUCUGCAUAGUUUAUUAACCCAACUUGGGUGUGGACAACCAUUUCAUGAUUGCGAGUUAAAUGUUCUUCUCGACCAACUCAGAGAAAAUUUAGAAGAAAAGAGCUACUUGGUUGUCAUCGAUGAUCUAUGGGAUGUAUCAGCAUGGAAUAUUAUAAAAUGUGCUUUCCCAGAAAAUGAACAUGGUAGUAGAUUAAUAGUAACUACAAGAAUUAAGAAUGUGGCAGAGGCAUGUUGUUUGCGUCACCGCAAGCACAUUCUUGAAAUGAAACCUCUUACUGCAGAAGACUCAAGGAAAUUAUUUUUUGAUAGGAUAUUUUUCUCUGAAGAAGCAUGUCCAGGUCAACUCAAAGAUGUUUCAGUGGAGAUUCUCAAGAAAUGUGGUGGUAUGCCACUUGCAAUCAUUAGCAUAUCCAGCCUAUUAGCAAGUGGAAGUUCCAACCAAAAGGAAAGGUGGAAACAUGUACAGAAUUCUUUGGGGUCAGUGUCGGGCACAAACCUCACUUUGGAAGCAAUGAGACAGAUCUUGAACCUUAGCUACACAAAUCUUCCUCACCACCUCAGGACAUGCUUCUUGUAUCUUGGUAUGUUUCUAGAGGACUCUGAAAUAUAUAGGUAUGAGUUGGUAAGGCUAUGGGUAUCUGAAGGCUUUGUUAGUAAAGCACGUGGACAAAGCCAAGAACAAACUGCAGUAAGCUAUUUCAAUGAGCUUGUCAACAGGAGCCUUAUUCAACCUGUACAGAUUGACACGGAUGGGUCAGUGAGAACUUGCAAAAUACAUGAUAUGUUGUUGGAUCUUAUCUUGUACAAGUGCGCAGAAGAGAAUUUUAUCACUGUAGUAGACAACACGGAUACCGGACUGCUUCAAAAGCCCCGUCGGGUGCUCUUCAAUUUGGAUGGUGCAACAUUGCCAGGGGGUGCUAGUAUGUUACAAGUGCGAUCAUUUGCAAUGUGGAGAAGCUCCAUGAAUAUACCAUCUCUAGCAGAGUUCAAGUAUCUUCGAGUUUUUGUUGCUGACUUUAGUUCUAUUUCUGCUGAUGACAACCACAAAAUCGACCUGACAGGAUUGUGUAAAUUAUAUCAGCUGCGACAUAUACAGAUUCGUGGCUGUGAUACGUGCCAGCUACCAACGAAGAUUAGAGGGCUACAAAAGUUGGAAGCAUUCGAUAUAGAUGGGUCAUGCAUCCCAAUAGAUAUUUUUCACCUGCCGUGCUUGUUGGAUCUGCAUGUUCCAUCCGUUGAAAGCCUACCGAAGGGCAUUGGUAAAACGACAUCUCUACAACAUCUAUGGCAUUUUGACAUGUUGUACAACUCACUCGAUAGUGUCAAGGGCCUAGGGGAGCUCACCAAUCUGAGUACUCUAUCUCUCAGAACUAGUUUUGCCGAAGAUGUGCACAUGGAUAUUCUAAACUCUUCUUUGGGAAAACUUUGUAGCCUUGAGUGGCUGCACAUAAAUUCACCUGAUUAUUGGAUACCUGAAGCACUAACCUUAUCGCCUCCUCCCCCCAACCUUGUGACACUCCACAUGAUACGAAGGUCCCGGGUCCCUAACUGGAUUGGGGAACUCCAUAACCUGCGGGUGUUGUGUCUUACUGUUGACAAGCUGGACAAGGAUGAUGUUGGUAUUCUUGCGGAGUUACCCGUCCUCAUCGACCUACGUGUAACACUUGAUAGAGCCCUAGAAGAAACAAUUACCAUCUAUCGGACAGCAUUCGCACUUCUAAAGCGGUUUGAAGUCACCUGGAAUAUCAUGCCACUCCUGACCUUCCAAGCUGGGGCAAUGCCUAACCUCCAAAGCUUCUCUCUACAGUUCAACGCCAGGGGUUGGAAGCUGGACGACAAGGCCGCACCUACAGGUAUCGAGCAUUUGUUAGCACUUGAAAAGAUCUAUGUAGGAAUCGGCUGCGGGAGUGCAACUAAAUGUGAACAGAGAAGUGCAGAGUCUGCCAUUAGGAGAGCUAUCAAUAUGCAUCCUGGCCAUGCACACGUUAUAAUCGAAUGUGAGAAAGACGGAGUGUUUCAGUUUUCUUGAAUGACCCAUGAUAGUCCUUGGUAUCAGAGACACGAGCCCACGAGCCCACGACUAGCAGCUGCAAACCAGAGUUUAACCAUUCUGGUAGACAUUGAUUUUCAGGGAAUGAAGUGGAUGCUGAUUCUUUUUAUUGGACCAACAAGAUGAAGUACACAAAGGAACAUUGAGAUGGAAUGCUGCAUUUCCUUCCCAUCCGGAAUGUCGAGCUAGUUAUCUCAUCGAACUGUUUCUCCUUUGUCUCCAAGACGAUGCAUGAUCACGUACGCGUUGGUUGGGGUUCUCCUGUAAGAGCAUCUCCAACAGUUCGUAUGUUUCAUCGUUGGUAUAAGUAUCCACAUCAUCAACCAACAGCACAUCAUACAAGCUCUUUAAUAGAGUGUAUGUUAACCGUAUGUAAAACAACUAAGUGGGUUCAUUAAAUAUUGAAGAAAUAACCAUGUUUGCCUCGGAGCUUGUGCAUGAACCGUUGCUUCAAGUUCAUACGGUUUCAUUCUCUUUCUUCUUUUAUUAUCUGCCAUGUCAUUAAAAUCAUCUAGGUGGCAAUUUUACCAACGAUGAUCAUACGACCAUUGGAGAUGCCCUAAUACGGCUUGAUGGUUGGUAGGAGUUGGCACUUGUUCCUCUCUCCUUUCUUGAAUAUCCAGGGAUUAUAUUAUACUAGUCUGAACCCGUGCACUUGCACGGGCUAGUGGUUUAUUGUAUUUUUUAACAUUCUUGGUAAAUUUUGAUGUUUGAACUCGACGGAUUAAGCACUUUCAUGAAUAUAAGGCCUCUGAAUAGAAUCAUAAUGUGA